AUGUCUCAAAUAAAAAUAUUUUUUAAUUAUUUUUUAUUUUUAUAUUUAAAUAUUCUUUUAAUAUUUCCUGUUAAUAAUACCCUCCACAAAAAUAAUAAUAAUAAAAUAAUAAAUAAUUUAUUUGAAAAAUUUAUUUCAAAACAAAAUAUUUUCCCUCAGCAAUUUUCAAUAAAAGAAACAAAUAAUUACCAACAACAGCCUUCCCCUGGAUUUAUUACAAAUUGUUCAGAGCCAAUUUGUGAAGGGCCUUUAGCCCCAAUUUAUUGUUCAGGUCCUUUAAUUAGUUCGGCCUGGUAUUUUGGAGUACAGCAUCAAUGCCCUGGCACAAAACUUCUUUUUGAGCCAAAUGAAAUUCUUAAAAAUUUUCGCAAAAUUAUUCGAGGAAAAGUAAUCAAAAAAGGAGAUUUUAUGCAAUUUUGUGAAGAAAAUUUUGCAAAUACAGAUUAUAUAAAACCUUCCAAUUUGACUGAUUGGCAACCAAGUCCUAAAAAUUUUGAAUUAAUUAAUGACUCUAAAUGGAGAAAAUUUGCUGUUGCUUUACAUCAAAUUUGGCCUUUACUUUCACGAGAAUUUAUUGAUGAUGUUUACAAAAAUCAACAUUUUUACCCUGUUCUUUCAGUUCCAAAUAGAUUUUUAGUACCUGGUGGUUUCUUUAAAGUUUUCUUUUAUUGGGAUACUUAUUGGAUAUUGAAAGGCCUUUACUUUUCAAAUUUGAUUGAAACCUCUUAUGGCGUUUUAAAAAACUUUGCUCAUAUAUUAAAUUACCAUGGAUUUAUUCCAAAUUCAGGAAAUAUUCAAUUAUCGAGAAGAAGCCAACCUCCAUUUUUUACUCAAAUGAUUAAAGAUUACUUUGAUAUAACAAAAAAUAAAAGUUUUCUUCAAGAAUUUUUACCUCUAGCCGAAAAAGAGCUUAAAUGGUGGAAUCAGAAUCGUUCAAUUAUUUUUGAAUUUAAAGAGAAAAAUUAUUUAAUGUUCCAAUAUAAGACAAAAACUAAUUGUCCCCGUUCAGAAAAUUUUUUGGAAGAUUAUCAACUUGGAAUUCAAAGUAAACAGCCUUUAUUCUUUUGGUCCUCAACAGCAAGUGCUUGUGAAUCUGGAAUUGACUUUUCUUCUCGUUGGUAUAAUUGGAAGAAUAAUACAGAAAAUGGAGGGGGAGUGGGAGGGGAAGGAGGAGGGGAGGGAAAUGAAAUGAGUAGAGUUAGGACUUCAACAAAUAAAGUUUUGCCUGUAGAUUUAAAUGUUUUUAUUGCUAUGAAUUAUUGGACAAUGGCUAAUUUAAGUAAAGAAAUUGGACAGAAUGAAAAAGCAAAAUAUUAUCAAGAAAUGGCACAGAAUCUGACUGAUUCAAUUCAUCAAGUCUUAUAUAGCAAAGAAGAUGGAGUUUGGUAUGAUUUGGAUUUGGUUGAGAAAAAAUUGAGGGAUAAAUUUUACCCGAGCAAUAUUUACCCCCUUCUUUUGGAGAAUAGGCCGAAUGAUGUUUGUGAUCGAAUUGUUAAUUAUUUGUACAAAAGUGGAGCACUUGAAUUUAAAGGAGGAAUUCCUUCAUCUAUGGAACGUAAUUCUAGUGAGCAAUGGGACUUCCCCAAUGGAUGGGCUCCACAACAACAUUUGUUUGUUGUUAGCCUUUUAAAUUGUAAAAACAAUGAAAAAGCUAAAGAUAUUGCAAAUAAAAUAGUUAAUGGAUUUUUAACGACAACAUUUAAUGGAUUUUUUAAUCCAAAAAAAGGAAAGCCUGCCCAAAUGUGGGAGAAAUAUGAUGUUCGGUUUGAAGAUGGCCAAACUGGAUUUGGAGGGGAAUAUCCCCCUCAGUCGGGUUUUGGAUGGAGUAACGGAGUUGUUUUGGAAUUUAUUAGAAUGUUUUAUACAAAAUUGGAAGGAAAUUAAACGAUAAAAAUAUUCUUUAAUUUAGAGAUUGGACCGAGAAAAUUGUUUGUUGUUUAAAAAUAUUUUUUGAAUUUUAAUCUUCUCAAGCUAAUCUCUAAUUUUUUAAAUAUUAAUUCUCUUCUAUUUCACAACAAAUAUUUCCAACGCUACAAAAAUAAUUCUUUGCACAUUUUCCUUUGUAACAACUCCCAAAAGGCAUUCUUCCUUCCGGACAUCGUGGACAGCAAAAUCCAUUUCGUUUCUCACAUUUAUAGCCUGAUUUACACUGAAA